CUCGCCGCCCUCGCCGCCCCCUCCACUGCCCUAUCGUUCCUCGUGCCGGCCAUGGCCUCGUUCCUGCAGAUUUACCUGAUGGCGGUGCUGAGCCUGGGGCUGGUGGUGUCCGUGGCGGAGGAGAGAUUUGGAUGGGACGCGAUUCGGAUUGGGCACGGCAUCAUGGCGGGGAGGAGGGUGUGUGCGUGGUUGCUGUCGGGGAUGUUCGUGGCGGUUUCGGGGCUGAUCCGGUGGAAGGUGGACGCGGUGGCGGCGGAGGGUGAAACGGGAAUUAAGGAAAAAGCGAUAGUGAUAGUUUCGUACGCAUUUGUGGUGAUUUGGAGUUAUGCGAUCAUGACGGCGUUUUACUCUCACUGUAGAAAACGCCACCCAAUUAAGGAACCCUUACCUGAUCAUAAUCCUGAUCAACAUCUCCAACUUGUUUCCCUUUGAUUCUCUUCAUCUCAUGUAAUUUUGGUUCUUAUUAUUUGUAUAUCUAAGCAUAUGUAUUAAGGCCAAGUCUCUCGUGGUCAAGAUAUUGAUGGCUAAGAAUGGCUAUCUUUUGAUUAGCCAAUAUAAUGUUGACAUCUGGAAUGAUA